ACAUGAGUGGGCACUGCUGGAAAGGGAAGCAGCUGGAUGUUCGCUAGCGGUGAAGCGCAAUUCCUACAGCAUACCGGUUUCUUUUUUUCCCCUAGUAGUUUUAUAAAGUUGGGAUUGGUGUUGUUGCUGAAGAAAUGCUAAACUAAAACUUUGCCAGUCCUGCUUUGACUUAAUUCAAUUGAGAAAUUUUGGUAUAAGGUUAGCUUGGUUAGUGGUAGCACCUGACUCGCUGGACCUUAGAUAUUUGGUUAAAAUGUGUUAAACUAUAGAUGUCAUGUCGCUAAUAUAAGCCUAAAUGUUGCUAAUGACCAUAUUGAUGCAGAGGAAAGCCCAGAUCUUUGUUCAGUAUCCGAUGCUAGCACCUAAAUGAGACCGGCUCUUUAAAAACUGUUCUAAUUAGAGCUCGGGUUUGAACCGUCGAGACGAGUUUGCCUACAGAACUUCUUGUUCGCAAAGCCUUAUUUCAAAACAGACUCGCAAGCAUGGUUUAGUAGAAUGAAUGAACGUCUUUCAGUCGGGGAAUGGUACCUUCUCUGGCCAAAGACUCUCCAGCCUAACAUAUCAGUUGUUAGCUGACCAACAACUACAGGGCAGAAGUAACUGUGACAGAAGAAGCUAGCACUGCUCUCAGCAGCUAGCUCUCGUCCUCAUACUGUUAUCGCUGGGCUUUUUCUGCUUUAUGGCUGCUGUCAGCGGUGGAAACGCGCUUGGGGUGGUGGUGGGGGGAGCCAGCAUGCCCGCAGUGUCCAGCACCAACACUUCCGCAUCCUCCAGUCCAUCGCCAGGUACUGAAACGCGGGGCUGCAAGAACGGCGCCCUGAUGGACUCCUUUGGGAUUUUUCUGCAAGGUCUUCUGGCUGUGAUGGCUUUCAGCAUCCUGAUGUUGAAACGCUUCAGAGAGCCCAAACAUGAGCGGCGACCAUGGAGGAUCUGGUUUUUGGACACCUCAAAGCAAGCAAUUGGAAUGCUCUUCAUUCAUUUUGCCAAUGUCUACUUGUCGGACCUCACAGAAGAGGAUCCGUGCUCACUAUACCUCAUUAACUUUUUACUAGAUGCCUCCCUGGGCAUGUUGGUGAUCUAUGCAGGAGUGAGAGUUGUAAGCGCUAUUGUUGAGUGGAGGCAAUGGGAUUCUCUUCGCUUUGGAGAAUAUGGAGAGCCAGUUCAGUGCUCUGCGUGGUUGGGUCAGUGUAUUCUGUACAUUCUCAUCAUGAUGUUUGAGAAGAUCCUCAUCAUGUUGGUUCUGCUCAUCCCCCAGUGGAAAACGCUGGAUCUGCUUAGUACCAUUCACAAUCCUGACCUGGAGCUUGCAAUAGUCAUGCUCAUUGUUCCAUUCUUUGUCAACGCCCUCAUGUUUUGGGUAGUUGAUAAUUUCCUUAUGAAAAAGCAUAGGACAAAAGCAAAACUGGAAGAGAGAGAAGAGGACACGCGUGGGAGCAGUAAAGUACGCUAUAGACGAGCACUGUCCCAUGAUGACUCAGAGUCUGAGAUCCUUUUCUCAGCAGAUGAUGAAAUGGAUGAGUCAGACGAAGAUGAUGUCCGUCGACUCACUGGCAUGAAGACAUUGAAGAAGAAAAAGCUUCGCAUGGGGAUCCCACCAGGUGAAAUUAAAAAGAAGAAGCGCCCUCCGGUGAAAGAGGAAGACCUGAAAGGAGCUCGCAGCAAACUUGGCCUAAAGGGUGAAGUCAAGAGUAAGACCUAUGAGGUCAUGGUGGAGUGUGAGCGAAUGGGGAAAGUGGCUCCAUCUGUGUUCAGCGGUGUGAGGACAGGAGGGGAGACGGUCCUUUCCAAGCCUGCUGAUGCCAAAGACCCUGCAGCUAGUGUGUUCACCAAAUAGUCAAGUUGCAAAGAAAAACCACUCAAGGAAUAUGUACUUUAUGGUACAUAAUCAUAACUUGACAACGAGGCUCUUCAAUGGGAUGUUAUUUAUUUUAAAUUUAAAUAUUUGUUCAGUGAAGUAACUCAUUUAGUCAGUAAAAGAGUUCAGGUUUACUCAAACAGUGACAUUUUAGAAACAUUGAUAUAAUUUCAACUGUAAUUCUUAUUAAAUCUGUUUAUUUAUGUUGUUACAACAGAGACUUUGUCAACAUUGUUUGAAAUAUUUGACGUUAGACUAACAAAAAAUAAAACAUCAUUUAAAUUAA